UCAUGCAUGCUGCAGGCAUCAUGAGAUCACAGUUACCUGUAUUUCUGAGAGCGCUCUAUUUGCUCCUCUGUAUGGCUCCUGUUUUCCAUGGAGAAUCAGAUUCCCAGAACAACACAACCAUCACCAUGAGAACAACAGAGCAUAGCACAAAUGCAACCGAAAGUGCAUCUCCUAAGACCACGCUCCCCAUCAUCACCACCACCUUCACAACGAAGACUCAUGACAUACCCAGAACCAACAUCAUGUCCUCAGAAAGCACUCCCCUACCGACGACUAGAGCGCGCUCUGACUCUACACCGACUACCACGACACCCAGCUCAGAUGCUGGAACUGUGGUGUGUGUAAUCCUCUUCUUCGUCAUCUUAAUAAUUGUGCUGUUUAUCUGUACUUAUAAAUGGUACAUUCGUCAGGGGCGUCCGUCCUUCCCUGAAAUUCAGAGACAUAUAGCAGAAAGUGUAAGGAACGCCUGGGCAGCGACUAUGGAGUGUCUGAGACAAUCUUCCAAAGAGGAGGAGGAGGAGGAGGAGAUGGAAGCAGGAAUAUCAGAGGCAGAACAACAGAAAGAGAAAGAAGAUGCUGAAGAUGAGGACGAGGAGGAUGAUUCGUCAGCAGAUUACUCGAGCAUGGAUGGCACAGUAAUGAUGGAGAAGCCGAAAAAGGAUGAACAGGAGGAUGGGCAGAGCAAUGAAAGAGAAGAGGACAUGACAACAAUUGAGCUCAUGGAUGAGAAGAUGGAGAAAGAGAAAGAUGAUCUUACAGUGCUGUGAAACAUGGGUGGUGGUAGCACCAGAUUAGUUUCAUACAAUGUAUUUUAAAUGUGUAAAUUUAUUCAAAUUAUUUUGUAUGAUUAGAUAAGAGUAUAAUUUUCCCCUAAAUUAAUGAAUAUUUUUAGCGAUACGUGAGCACCUUUCAGAAUUAUACUUCAGAAACGCAGAUUGUGUGUCAGAUUUAUUUUUUGAAAAGGAAUAUCCCCAAAUUUGAGCAAAAGGAACAAAAAAAAAGUAUAACUGCAUUUAAUACAUCUCAAAUCAAAAUGUACUAAUAUAUUAAGUCUCUUUUAUACUCCUGUAAAUAAAAAAAAAA